UUUCUCAUUUCGUUCUUUACAAACACCAGCACAUGACCAUAUUCCUACUUCUCUUCUGUUCCUCCCCUGCUCUGUUCUGAACAGAAUUCCUCUCAAUCUUCCUCUUCCAAGAAAGAAGAGAGAAGGAAAGAUACUCUCUCUCUCUCUCUCUCUCUCUCUUAAUAUAAGAAAAAACACAGUAGUUAAAGGUCAGUUUAACUACAAAGAAUGAAACUGUGCAUACAUGCAUCUAUCCCCUUUCCAUACUGAAUUCCAACAGGGUUUUGUUAAAGGAGAUGCAAUACCUACUCUGGACUAACAAAGUCUAUCUGGGCUAGCUAAGGAUAUGGAUUCAUCAAGUGAAGCUGGUGGGGGUGGUGGGUUCGCAUUAGAAGAACAUAUGGAAGCACAAAAAAUCUCAGUCUUAGAUCAUAUAAAUGGAUUUCAAUGCACAAAGGAGAAAUCAGAUAGCUUUGUUAUUGACAUGGAAAGAUUCUCUCACGGCAUAAAUAAAGAUAUCAAUACAAAUUCAAGGAUCACAUUGCAGAGGAGCCAUUCCAGAAAAGGGUCACCGCGGGGGGGCGGAGGCGGCGAGAAGAAGAUAAAUUCUAAUCUUUCUCAUCUUUCUGUUAGUGAUAGAGAUGCUAUUGUUGCUUCAGCUUCACCUAGAGGGCCUAGCACGCCAGAAAAGGCAGCGGUGGUAACGGUAGGGACGGCAGAUCAUUCCAGUAGCCCACAACUACAUCAUCAAAUCACAAUCACGACCGGAAACAUGAAUGCCACUCCAGAAAGUAGAUGCAUUAGGAGAAAUAGUUUCAAGCGGUCUUCACCUUCAUGGGUCCUUGAUCCCAAAAGGGUUCUUUUCUUCUUUGCCACUCUGUCAAGUAUGGGAACAAUGUUGCUGAUAUACCUCACUCUUUCAAUAGGGAAGCUCAAUGCAAUUGAUAAUUCCCUUGAUUGAAACCAGAAACAUUAUGCACCACGUUCUCAUAGAAGGGAGAUAAUUAGUGUAUACACUGAAUCAGAGAUGAAUGUAAUUAGUUGAUGAUGAGCAUCCUUUUUGCAAGAAUAGGCUUCUUUUCAAUGAAGCUUUGCAAUAUAGUAGAGAAGAUAAGGUGAUGGAAAACACUAAUCAACAACUUUCCAAAACCACGGAUUCUAUAUUCAGCACCCUCACUAAAAUCUUACAGGUGCAGACGAGAGUAUAUAGUGGUAUGACAUGGAGGAGGAAUCUUCUUUAAAGAAGUAUGGAAGAGAAACAUGAUGUGUUCCAUUAUGUGGUCUCUUGUGCAACCCUACACAGCCUAAUGGAGGAUCAGAUAGUUACUUUCGAUGUCUUUCAACCUUUAUUUUGGCUUUAUUUUGGCUCCCCAUGCUUUCAUUCUGUUUGCUCUUUUGGCAAAAUCCCACUUGGAUUGUUAUUUUGUUGUACAUGGCUUUCAUGUGAGUGAAACAAGAUCAAGACAGCACUCAUCCGUAAGAUUAAAGGCAAUAAGUUAAUUUAUGUGCGCA